AGGCGCAGGUGCAUAUACACUAUAUCACCGUCCACCAAUUGCUAUAGCGAAUGAUAUCGUGUAUAAGAAUUCGGAGUAUAGAGGAAAAAAUUGUGGAUAAGAGUGUGGACAAGAUCCUGGAUAAGAUCGUGCAUAAGAUUGUGUACAAGAUCCUGGAUAAGAUCGUGCAUAAGAUUGUGGACACGAUUCUGGCCACAAUUGUGGACCAGUGGUUGAGUGCUGAUGCUGAUGCUCCCGCCGACGUAUAUCUCGUGCGCAAGAUCAUGGACACAAUCCUGGAUAAAGUUAUGGAUAAGGUUGUCGUGGAUAAGGUUGUCGCGGAUAAGGUUGUUGUGGAUAAGGGAUCGCAGGAGAUGGACCCGUCGUCGUUCGGCACGUGGAAGAGGACGUGGCCGACUCACGGCGACAGCUCCUCCUCCUCCUCGGAGUCCAACGGGGCUGGGGGUUUGCACCAGGAUGGGCUGAUCCCAUUGCCGGCCGAGUGGGUGAUUAGUGCGGAGAGGGAGGUGUUGAGUGAUCGGGAUCCCUCGUCUCAGCCCAGACUUGUGAGAGACAGCCUCCUCCUCAGCAACGACGUGAUUGCUGCGACUUUGAACGCAUCGAGGUCCCGACUGGGAGAGCAAUGGAGUGGUCAUCUUGCCGCUGGCGAAAAGAUCGACGAAGGAGAAGAAGAAGAACAACAACAACAAGAACAAGAAGCUGGCUAUGGCGUCGCGGUGAAGAAGAAGAAACAAGAAGCUUGGGGAGCCAGACAUGGGAGAAGUCGAAGAGAUGAUGAGGACGGUGACCAUCGUACAAUUGGAUCGGCCUUGGGCAGCGAGGAAGGAGAGAAAGCAACUCUAGCGAAGACAGCAUUCUCAUCAUCCAAUGGGAGGAGGGAGGGGGUAAGGAAGGACGAGGAGAAGGAGGAGGAGGUGGGAAAGGGAGGAGGAGGAGGUCUUGAUCGUUCCCCCGAUCCCGACGAAAGAGAGUGGAGGUUGUUCGAGGAGGAAUUCGCUGAUUGGGCUGCGACGCGGAUCCAGAGUCGGUAUCGGGCCGUGUUGCGAUCCCGACGCUUCAGACGCAUGAAGCAGGCGGCUGUGGUCAUUCAAAGGGCGUGGAGAGAGAGUGAGGAGAAGAAAAGGAGGCGCUUGACGCUGCUAACCCAACGCCACGUGGCGGCCAGCAAGAUCCAAAGGGCGUGGAGGAGUUAUUGGGACCGUCGGAUCUUCAAGUACUACAGAGAUCUCCUCCUCUUCAGAGAGAGGGGGGACCCAGCCUCUCUGCUUCGCGUCAUUAAUCCUGUAGAAGCUGGGCUAGUGGACGCUGCAGCUGGCACCCAUAUCCGGUUCCGAUUGGGCGGGCCGUUUUUCCCGCCAAAUAUCUUCUACAAGAUCUACACACAUAAUCCCAUUGCCGACAUGUGUUCGUUCAGCCCGAGGGCUUAUGCUUUGAUGUCCAGGAUCAGGGCAAUUGGGAGAGUGGGGAGGAGAGGGAGAGGGACGUGCAUGCUUCGGCCUCUGCUGGCUAUGAUCGUGGAGGAAGAGGUGAUGAUGGACAAGACACAAGAGGAGGAGGAGGAGGAGGAUCAAGAACUCGUCCGGUGGUAUAGCAGAUGGGAGAACAAUGGCUGGCGGCCUGUUGCUCCCCGAUUUCUGAGCUAUGUGGACUCUGUGUCCUGUGAAACCAGCUGUCGAAGACAGUCAUUCCAUCAUCUGAGAGUCGUGAGAAGGGAGGAGAGGGCACGAAUGGCCAAGUCCAAGAAGCUCAGAUGGCUGCAGUACAUAUACAGUGAAGGACGAAAAGCUUGCCACGCAGGUUGUGCAGGGCCAGAGGCAACUGCAGUAAGCUCUGACAGGUCCACAGGUCAGGAGCUGCAGGGUGGAGCAGGAGGAGGAGGAGGAGGGGGAGAAAGGCGCUGGGAUCGGGAUGAGGCGAAAGGAGUGGGAGUGUCGUCAAACGACUUGCUUGUGGAGCAAGUGUUGGAGGGGGAGGGGGGGGAGGAGGAGGAGGAGGGGAGGAGGAAGAAUGAGAGGUUGCGCUUGAAGGGGGGCUCGUGGAAGGAGGGGAGGGAGAAAGAGGAGGAGGAGGAGGAGGAGGAAGAAGAAGAGAUUAUGGCAUGGUGUCGGGAUCUGGACUUUGAGGCUUAUCAGCGUGAUUGGCUGGAACUUGCGACGUCCCGGGUUCCCAGAGUGCCAGUGGAUAUCUGUCGGGGUGGAGUAAUGGACCAAGAGACGUUAAGAUUAGAGGAGGGAGAGGAAGAGGAAGAAGACGAGGAGGAGGGGGAGGAGGAGGAGAAAGAGGAGGAGGAGGAGGAGGAGGAGGAGAAAGAGGAGGAGAAGGAGGAGAGAGGGAGGGAGGUAGGGAGGGUCCUCAUGACCACGUAUCUGAGAUGUCUUCUCAUAGACGACAAAAAUAAGUUGGUUGAUGAGGCCUUCAUUGAGGUACACAAUAUUCCAUCUUUCAGCAAGAAGGCCUUAGACAUUAAGGUCAUGCUCGGGAAUGCGCAGCAAGCGGUUGGGGAUGGCAGGAAGAGGAAGAUGCCCCAGGAUUGAAAAAAGAAAGGCAGCCUCAUGUUCGUUGACCAACUUGCCCAUGAUGGCAACGGGACUAAGGAAAAAAACUUCUCUGACCUUGGGUUGGCAAAGAGGGGAAGGGGGCUUAGAUACCUUAGAGGGUGGUGUGGUACUUCCCUUAAAAGAGAAAGCUAACGGGGCGAGAAACAAACCCUGUCCGACAGC